ACACGUGCACAUAAAUCACAGUCGUUAAUGGUUCUAAAUAGGUCCCUGUGGAAGGUGUACAUCAGAUGUAGGAGCCCAUGUACCAAUGUGCGCGGCAUAACGACAGUUUGAAAGACGUCGACGUGCGACGUGUGGUACAAGGUCACUUCACACAGAGAGGCACUCCGGACACAGAAACGUCACUGCUGAGCCUGCGGCUUCAGCUACACACACAACCAGUUUGUUUCAACCCGGGCAUGAGUGUUUAAUCAUGGAUCCGCUGACACCAUUGACCUCCAAGAGGGCCGUCAUUUUCACACCAUUCUUCUACGCAAAAAUAUUCUUCGGCAUUGGCUUCGUGACUAUAGCGAUGUUUUGGGUGUACGAACAAGCUGCCGACCUGACCCUGACGGUCCUAACUAACGCCCGUUCACUGAACGUGAGCCGGCUGGGCACUGCUUACACCCGCCGGCCGGUGGAGACUUUUUCCGAUCAGCCCAUGGUGAGGAUGAAAGACCACUUCAACAUGACAAACAUUUGGAAAGUGCGGGAUAUUACCAGGAAAUAUUUUGAUCCAAAGAAACAUAUCAUCUAUUUUUCGGACUACAAUAUCUUCGAGGAAAAGUGUGACCCAGAGACGUUCACGCUUCGCGACUCGCCUCAAAGCCCCUGUAACGUCGUACAGACGCCCAUCAAGCACUACCGGACAUGCGCAGUGGUGGGGAACAGCGGUAUCCUCCUCCAUAGCAGCUGUGGUGCUGAGAUAGACGCUCACGAGUUUGUCAUCCGUUUUAACCUGGCGCCUUUACGUCCCUUUCUGAGGGAUGUCGGCAGCAGGACUAACCUGACGAUUGUAAACGGCAAGCAACUGACUGAGAUCAGCCAAUUACUUCGUCAAGUCCUCGGUGGGACAUCGGCGAUAGCCGGGCCUCAUCUUCGCGUGUUUGAUCCACCUGGGAUGAUCUUUAGCUACGCCAUGGCCUUUAAGGAAAAAAGAUGGCUGCAGAUGCAGGUAGUCGAGACUGCAAUCAAACUGUACAACAAACCAACCAUCACUGCUUUUCCAGCCACGUCUUUCCAGGACAGCAAACGGGUGUACAAAGAACUAGCCGGAAUAGAGUGGGACUUCCCAUCGACUGGCCUGAACAGCUUCGCCCUGGCCUCCACCUUCUGUGACAGGAUCUCCAUGUACGGUUUCUACCCCAUGCCGAUGUACCAGGGUGAGCGCUUUUUCUACCACUACUACGACCAGCACACGCCCAGCGAAAGUCACGAUUUUGACGGAGAGUAUGCCUUGUUACGACAGUUGGAUGCCGACGGAGUUAUCAGACAUGUUGUCGGAAAAUGCAAGCCAGACGCUCCAACAUGAAUGUACCCCGGCCACUCCCCUUUACGUCCUAAAAACAACACGAACCUCUAGCUUUGAAGGUAUAGAGUUUAUCUUACAAAUUCUGCAGAAUCCUACCACUACACAUAAUCUAUGUUUUACUUAACAGGAUUUUACAACUGUAAUCUUUUGGAUUAAAAAAUAUGCAUUGGCCAUUCCUCCAUUGGAGGUACCAUUUUCGUUGUUGGAAAGCUUUAUUGCUACGAGUAUCUGAUAAUAUUGAACAGCCUUAUUGUGCAAUGCUUUCAAUGCUUCUCUAUAGCUUUCUAGACAACUGUGAUGUAAUGUGUGAUUUGCGAUUCCAGAAAUCGCUGACUAGUGCCUCACGGAGUACUGCGUUGGUUUGAUGAAAUUAAAGACAUGAUGAGCUUUCAUUUUCAAACCAGGAAAAAUUCAUCCAGUGUGUUGUGUGAAACAUCAUGGGGCCAAUAAAGUAUCCUGUGCCUUGUGCGUGUCCGGUACCUACCUGUACUCGUGUGUGAUUUUUUUGUGGUGGGGGAGGGCAGCUAUUAUGAUGUCCAUGUAUAUUUGAUACAGUGCUAAUAUCUCCACGGGAUACGGACAUGUUUAUCAUAUAGGACACAUUAUUAUAGCUUAUGAUUAACAAUGGGGCUAAAAUGAUUUAUAAAGGCUUCCUUUCCAAGCGUUUUCAAACUAUCACAAUAUAUAAUAAUGCAUGUUUUUCAGCGAUAAGCUAGGGUGUUUCCUUGUAGCCUGGAGUCCAGCCUCGUCCCCCAAGAUUCGCUAUCCCACCAACGUUGGGACACUAUGAAGAACCAUCGCCUCAUUGCUACAUAUAACAAGGCUGGAUUCCAGGCUAUAGCUACC